GAAGAGAACCUACGGCCUCUUCAAGAACCAAGCACUUCCUCUUCCCAGAUCCAAGCACAUUCUUUUCCCCUCUCCUCUUCCUUUCUCUCAGACGGCAGAACCCUUCGUCCAAAAUCUUCGACGGCCGAACCCUUCGUUCUUAGAUCUCUUCCUCUCUCUCAGAUUUGAGAAUCACCGUCUGCCAGUUCUCUUCCUCUCUCUCAGAUCGGCGUUUCGGACGGAGUCACUGAGCUCGGCCGCUACCCACUUUUCGGCGUCGAACCAGUGACCUUCUUUGAGUAAUUUGCAGUCUUGAUGCGGGAUGGAGGAGGACAAAAAGUGAGCUCCUCAUGUGUACACAAAUUUGAAUGCUCAGCACACAACUUGCUGCGUGGAGGAUCUGUCACUGACUUUGGGUGACCACAUCAUUUCUUUGUUCUUCCUGUAGGUGUGUAUUGCUUGCUACUAAUAUUCGCUCAUCAUCUUGUGGAGAAUAGCCUUUGCCCCUCCUUAGGCUGUUGGACUCAUUUUGCCUCUGAAGUACUCUCACUGCCAAAGUUUGAUCUAACUUGAUUUUCCUAUUCUCUCUCUCCAUCUUUGCUUUUCUUAUCUCUCGUUGGUACAAUAGUUAUUUCGUUGCUUUUCUACUUGCACAGAAUCCAAAAAACCAAUAAACCAGAAAAAGAAAAAAGAAAAAAGAAUGGAGUUAGUUAUUUCAAUUGUAGCGAAAAUAGCAGAGUACACGGUUGCACCUGUUGGACAGUGGCUAUGCUAUUCAUGCCACUACAAUAGCAACAUGGAGAAUUUGAGGAAUCAGGAAAAGAAUUUGCGGGAUUUUAAGAAAAGGGUGCUACACUCGAUUGAGGCUGCUUCAAGAAAAGGCGAGGAAAUUGAAGAUGAUGUUCAAACGUGGUUGGCAAAGGUGGAUGGUAUUUUACAUCAAUUGGCCACCGAAAUACUUGGUGGAGGUGAAGCAGAAGCAGGUACGAGGAGCUCUAAUGCGGCAUGCCUAAACUUGAAACAUCGACAUCAAUUAAGUCGGGAAGCAAAGAAGAUCGUGGAAAAUAUUGCCGAACUUCUUAAAAAUGGAAACUUCAGCAAAGUCGGUUUUCGUCCCGCUGCGCAAGAAAUGGUGAAUCCAAUAAACAGUGAUUACAUGAGCUUGGAUUCAAGGAUAUCAAUUAUGGAGAGAAUUAUGGAGGCAUUGGGAGAUGCUAAUAUCAACAGGAUCGGCGUGUGGGGGUCACCUGGAGUUGGAAAGAGUACACUUAUGAAAGAAAUUUUCCAGAAAGCCAAGGAGGAAAGUUUAUUCCAUGAGGUGGCUCUAGCAAAUGUGACGGACACCCCAGACGUAAUUCGAAUACAAGGAGAAAUUGCAGAGAUGCUAGAUCUAGAGCUUGAUCCUGAUAAAAUUGUAACAGUAAGAGCAGGCCGUCUACGGGCGAGGUUAGAAAAAGACAAUGAGAAGAAGAUACUUGUUAUCUUGGAUGAUGUAUGGAAACAACUUGAUUUGGAGGAAAUAGGAAUUACUCCUUCCGAAAGAUGCAAAGUACUACUCACAUCCAGAGAUCGGCAGGUACUAGCAGAUGAGAUGCGCACCGAAAAGAACAGCUUUAAACUCGACAUUUUAGGAGAACAAGAAGCAUGGAAAUUAUUUGAAAAGAUGGCGGGUGAUUCUAUCAAAGAUGAUCAUGAUUUGCAAAAUGAAGCAAUUAAGGUAGCUAAAGCGUGUGAAGGUCUUCCUAUUGCACUUGUAACAGUUUCUAGGGCAUUAAAGAAUAAGAAUUUGAGUACCUGGAAGGAUGCCCUGGUGCAACUAACAAGACCCCCUCCAAAACAUGACACAAAAAUAUGGUCACCCGUAUAUUCUUGUAUAGAGCUAAGCUAUAGACAUCUUGAUGGUAGAGAGGUCAAAUCCCUCUUUUUGCUUUGUGCUCGACAAGGUUACUACAUUUCCUACCGGGAUUUGUUGAGAUAUGGUUUCGGUCUGCGUUUAUUCGAUCGCAUCUAUACAUUGGAAGAAGCAAGAAACAGGCUAGAGACUUUAGUUAAUAAUCUCCGAGAUUCUUGUUUGCUACUACAAAGUCCACAUAGCUCCGAGGAAUUUUACAUGCAUGAUGUUGUUCGUCAUGUCGCUACGAUAAUUGCAUCAAAUGAUCAUAAUAUGUUUGUCAUGAGAGGCGAUGGUGGGCAAAAAGCAUGGCCAGAUGUGGAUGCACUAAAAAUAUGCGAGGCACUCUCUAUCCAUGGUGGAGAUCAUAUCCAUAAAUAUCCCAAUAAAAUAGAAUGUCCUAAUUUAAGAUACUUUCAUGUCCGGUGUAAAAAUCGAUAUUUGGCAACCCCAAGCAGUACUUCCUUCCAAGGGAUGAACAAGCUCGAAGACAUUUUCUUCCAGGGGAUGGACAAGCUCGAAGUUCUAAGUUUGACAAAUAUACAACUUUCAUCACUUUUGUCACUUAGAAACCUACAAACAUUGUGUCUAGAUGAAUGUAAGUUGGGAGAUAUUCAUGGGAUUGGAGAACUCAAGAAUUUAGUUAUUCUUAGUCUUGCUCGUUCUGACAUUUCAAAUCUGCCAACAGAAAUAGGGUUGUUGACUCGUUUGCAGUUAUUGGAUUUGAGCAGUUGUUACGAACUUAAAGUGAUUCCUCCUAAUGUCUUGUCAAGCUUGGUCAACUUAGAAGAGUUGUAUAUGCGAAAAAUCACUGUCCAAUGGGAGGUUGAAGGACCCAGCAAUGAAGGAAAAAAUGCUAGCCUUGCAGAGCUGAAGAAAUUGUCAAACUUGAUCACCUUAGAGAUUGAUAUUCCGGAUGCCAACAAUCUACCGAAAGAUUCGUUUACUGAAAAGCUUAAGAGAUACAAGAUAUGCAUUGGAGGUACCUGGCAUCUCUUUUUUAAGGAGGAGUUGGCCUUCUCAAGAAUGUUAAAACUCAAACUGAAUAUGAGCUUCCAAUUAGACUUUGGGAUCAAAAUGCUACUGAAGAGGACAGAAUAUCUUCAUUUAGACGAGUCGAACAUUACGAAGAGUGUCUUAUAUCAAUUAGAUAGAGAAGAUUUUCAACAACUGAAACAUCUCUGUAUCGAAAAUAAUGGUAAUAUUAAGCAUAUCCCUGAGUUGAGGACAUCGGCCUUCAAAAACUUGAAAGUUUUAAAGGUGGAAAACUGUGAGACAUUAAGAUUUAUCUUCUCAUCAUCUAUAGCUAGAGGCCUUUCACUACUUGAAGAAUUGAACAUAACAAGAUGCAACAACAUGGGUGCAAUAUUCGUGAAAGAAGAAGAAGACGAAAUAGAAGAUCAGGGAGAUAUGAUGUUGUUCGGUCGACUUCAAACCUUAGUGCUAAAGGAUCUUCCAAAGCUCGUGGGCUUCCUAAGCACAAGAGAAACCAAUUCAGAGGGCAACCUGCAUGAUUUUCAGUUGCCGCUUCUACAUCAUCAGGUUUCCUUUCCAAGCUUGCAAACACUACGUAUGAAGGGUCUACCCAAAAUAAAGUACGUAUGGAGCUGUGGUCAAGAACCCAAAACAGUCAUCAGAUGUCUCGAGCAUUUGCAAGUACUUGAGAUUGAGGAUUGUGGGGUGGAGGAAAUUGUUGCAUUUGAAAGAGGAGGAGAAGCAAUAGCAAUUAGGACCUUGAUGUUCCCUCAAGUAACUGAGUUGAAGUUUAGAAAUUUAUCGAGACUCAAGGGGUUUUACAAAGGAGUGCAUGUUUCAAAAUGGCCAAUGCUAAAAGAGAUGGAAAUUGAAAGAUGCGAGAAAGUUGAGAUUUUUGCUUCAGAAGUUGUGAGCUUUGAAAAAACAGUUGAAGAUCAGAGGCAGUCUGAGAUGUCCAUUAAACAACCCCUUUUCUUGGUGAAUGAGCUCUCGUUUCCGAGCUUGAAGAAGUUGGAUAUUUCGGGCAUGGAUAAGUUGGAAAUUGUAUGGCAGGAUCAAGUCACCGCGACUUCUAUUCCCAAUAUUCCGAAUGCCAACAAUCUACCGGCAAAUUUCUUUUCUGAAAAGCUUGAGAGAUACAGGAUAUGCAUUGGAGUUCAUAGCUACUAUGAAAAUUUUAUGAGGGAGGUAGCCUUCUCAAGAGUUUUAAAACUCAAAUUGAAUUUGAGCUUUCAAUUGGACGUUGGGAUCAAAAUGCUAAUGAAGAGAACGGAAUAUCUUUAUUUAGACGAGGAGAACAGUUCUAAGAGUGUCUUAUAUGAAGUAGAUAGAGAAGAUUUUCAACAAUUGAAGCAUCUCCAUAUCCAAAAUAAUGAUAAUAUUAAUCAUAUCCUUGAGUCGGGGACAUCGGUUGUUGCCUUUCCUAUACUGGAGACAUUUGUUUUGAAAAAUAUGAUAAGCUUGGUAGAAAUUUGUCAGGGUAACCUUCCAUUGGAAUCCUUCAAAAACUUGAAAGUUUUAAAGGUGGAUAACUGUGAAAAAUUAAUAUUUAUCUUCUCAUCAUCGAUAGCCAGAGGCCUUUCACUACUUGAAGAAUUGAAUAUAACAGGAUGCAACAACAUGGUUGCAGUAUUCGUGAAAGAAGAAGAAGACGGAAUAGAAGAUCAGGGAGAUAUGAUGUUGUUCGGUCGACUUCAAACCUUGGUGCUACAGGAUCUUCCAAAGCUCGUAGGCUUCCUAAGCUCAAAAGAUUCAUUCAUGGCUGAUUGUAGAGAAACCAAUUCAGAGGGCAGCCAUGAUCUUCAGUUGCCACUUCUACAUCAUGAUCAGGUUUCCCUUCCUAGCUUGCAAACACUGCGUAUGGAGGGUCUACCCAAAAUAAAGCACGUAUGGAGCUGUGGACAAGAACCCAAAACAGUUUUCACAGGUCUCGAGCAAUUGAAAAUACUUGAGAUUACCAAUUGUGGGGUGGAAGAAAUUGUUGCAGUUGAAGGAGGAGGAGAAGUAGUAGCAAUAAGGACUUUCGAGUUCCCUCGAGUAAGUACUUUGGAGCUUAGAAAUUUAAAAAGACUCAAGUGGUUUUACAAAGCAGUGCAUGUUUCAAAAUGGCCGAUGCUGAAAAAGCUGAAAAUUGAAAGAUGCGAGGAAGUUGAGAUUUUUGCUUCAGGAGUUGUGAGCUUUGAAGAAACCAUUAAAGAGAGGCAGUCAGAGAUGUCCAUUAAACAGCCCCUUUUCUUGGUGGAUGAGGUUUCCUUUCCAAGCUUGCAAACGCUACGUAUGAAGGGUCUACCCAAAAUAAAGUACGUAUGGAGUUGUGGUCAAGAAUCCAAAACAGUCAUCAGAUGUCUCGAGCAAUUGCAAGUACUUGAGAUUGAGGAUUGUGGGGUGGAGGAAAUUGUUGCAGUUGAAAGAGGAGGAGAAGCAGUAGCAAUUAGGACUUUGGUGUUCCCUCAAGUAACUAAGUUGAAGUUUAGAAAUUUACCGAGACUCAAGUGGUUUUACAAAGGAGUGCAUGUUUCAAAAUGGCCGAUGUUGAAAGAGAUGAAAAUUAAAAGAUGCGAGAAAGUUGAGAUUUUUGCUUCAGAAGUUGUGAGCUUUGAAAAAGCAAUUAAAGAUCAAAGGCAGUUUGAGAUGUCCAUUAAACAACCCAUUUUCUCGGUGAAUGAGCACUCAAUCCCCAGCUUGGAGAUACUGUUCAUUUCGAACAUGGAUUCGGUAGAAAUUAUAUUUGGAAAGCUGGAGGGGCAAAAUGGUAAAGAAUCACAAGUUUUAAUAUCCCCAGCGUCAGGGACAGAAGAAAGUGGAGCAACCACACACUUUGUGUCAACUGGCAAACUUCCAUUGAUAUACUUCAAAAACUUGAAAGUUUUAGAGGUGGAGAACUAUCAGAAAUUAAGAUUUCUCUUCUCAUCAUCCAUAGCCAGAGGCCUUUCACUACUUGAAAAAUUGAAAAUAAAAAGAUGCAACAACAUGGGUGCAAUAGUUGUGACAGAAGAAAAAUACGGAAUAGAAGAUGGAGAUGUAAUAUUGUUCCAUCAACUGCAAACCUUGGUGCUAGAGGACCUUCCAGAGCUCGUGAGCUUCUUAAGCACAAAAAGUUCAUUCAUGACUGACUGUGGGCAGAUCAUUGCAGAGGGCAACCACAAUCUUCACAUGCCACUUCUACAUCAGGUUUCCUUUCCAAGCCUGCAAACACUACGUAUGGAGGGUCUACCCAAAAUAAAGUACGUAUGGAGCUGUGGUCAAGAACCCAAAACAGUUAUCAGAUGUCUCGAACAAUUGCAAGUACUUGAGAUUGAGGAUUGUGGGGUGGAGGAAAUUGUUGCAGUUGAAAGAGGAGGAGGAGAAGUAGUAGCAAUUAGGACUUUGGUGUUCCCUCAAGUAACUAAGUUGAAGUUUAGAAAUUUACCGAGACUCAAGUGGUUUUACAAAAGAGUGCAUGUUUCAAAAUGGCCGAUGCUGAAAGAGAUGAAAAUUUAUAGCUGCGAGAAAGUUGAGGUUUUUGCUUCAGAAGUUGGGAGCUUUGAAAAAAUAGUUGAAGAUCAGAGGCAGUCUGAGAUGUCCAUUAAACAAUCCCUUUUUUCGGUGGAUGAGCACUCAUUCCCCAGCUUGGAGACACUGGAAUUUUCGAACAUGGAUUCGUUAGAAAUUAUAUUUGGAAAGUUGGAGGGGCAAAACGGUAAAGAACCACAAGUUUCAAUAUUCCCAGCAUCAGGGACAGAAGAAAGUGGAGCAACCACACACUUUGUGUCAACCCUCUCGUUUCCGAGCUUGAAGAAGUUGCACAUUCGGUGGAUGCGUAAGUUGGAAAUUAUAUGGCAGGAUCAAGUCACCGCGACUUCUUUUCCCAAUAUUCAAGAAUUGGACAUUCAUAAUUGUGACAAGUUGUUGCACGUCUUUCAAUCUAAGUUGCAUACAACGACAACAUUAAUACAAAGUCUGACUGUUCUAAAUAUAAGCUACUGCAGUUCAUUAGAAACUGUAUUUGGAAAUAUGGAGGGGCAAAAUGGUAAAGAACCACAAGUUUUAAUAGCUCCAAGUUCAGGUACAGAAGACGGAAUAGCCGGACAUAUUGAGUUCCCCAUACUAACUGAAUUGUUACUAUUUGAAUUGCCAAAACUCAAGUGGAUUUUUGAAGGAGUGCAUACUAAUUUGGAAUCAUGGCCUUCAUUGAAAAGAUUAUGCCUGUGGGAAUGUAGUGAACAAGUGAACAAAAUGAUGUGGGCUUCAAAAUUUGCAAGCAGCAGUAGCAGUCAAGAGAACCAACUCCCGACUUGCAUUCAACAACCCAUGUUCGUCGUUGAGGAGGGUACGUUCCCCAACUUGGAGUAUUUGUCAUUUUGCUUCCGUGAAAGAACUAAAUGUCCCAGCAGAUUUUCAGAUUUUCCCGAUCCAUCUUCUCUUCUAACAGGACUGCCAAAUCUGUUGAAUCUUAACGUAUACGAUCGUGUCUGGGAGGAAAUAUUCCCUUAUGAACUUGUUGAUCGAGAAAUACGAUUAAGAAUGCUAAGGCUCUGUCGUCUAUGUAUGCUUACACAUUUGUGGAAAGAAGACAAUACCCAGCCAUGCCCACUUUUUCAUAAUCUGGAAUACCUUCAUGUGUUACGAUGCGGCAAAUUGAGAAACAUAGUGCCAUCAUCUGUAUCUCUUCGCAAUUUGACAAGAUUGGAAAUAUCAGAUUGUCACGGAUUGAUCAAUUUAUUAACAUCCUCAACUGCCAAAACUUUGGUGCAACUCGAAAGAAUGACUGUGAUUGAUUGCAAAAGGAUUACAGAAAUUGUAGCAAUGGAGGAUGGUGAAGCAAAUGUGGCAAUUACUUUCAACAAGUUAAGACGCUUAGAACUUCGUGGCUUACCAAACCUCACACACUUUUGCUCUGGACAUUAUUCCUUUGGGUUCCCAUCUUUGGAUGAGGUAAUUGUGAGAUGUUGUCCUGAGAUGAAGACUUUCAGUCACGGAGUCUUAAGUACACCAAAGCUGAAAGGAGUAUCUGAUGAUUACAGUUGGUUUUCGAAACGGAAUUUGUAUUGGGAGGAUGACCUGAAUACCACCACACGUUGUCUUUGGGAGGAGUCAAAUCAAUAUGAUACUCGAUUGUUAUUCAGAGAAAGGGUUGAGAAUUCUGAAGAAGAUGAAGAUCAUCCUUCAGAAGAUGAAGAUCAUUCUGAGAAUUUUGAAGAAGAUGAAGAUCAUCCUUCAGAAGAUGAAGAUCAUUCUGAGAAUUCUGAAGAAGAUGAAGAUCAUCCUUCAGAAGAUGAAGAUCAUUUUGAGACUACUGAAGAAUGGUGAUGUUUCUUUCUUUUGAUGAGGUUAGUGCGAGCAGAGGACCCUUCAUUCCCAUUAAUGUUUAAUUAUGGUUUGCUUGUUUUAUUAUGUCUUCUUUAUUUUUAAAUCUCUCUUAUAUGUAAGAGAGAAUGCCAAAUAAAAAAAGUUUGACAAUGUAUUGAUUUGAUAUAACUCCUCAUGAAGUACUGUAGUUAACAACUCCGAUGUUGCCAACAAAUAAACUUGAACUAUAAUCUUAAUUUGACCAUUUGAUCUC